GUUCGUGAUUGAGUCUCCCACGGCCCGCGGUAGCUAGGUGAAGGGUUGGACAGGCACGGAGGAGUUAGGAGUGUGACCUGAAUAACAUGAAGCUGCCUUUCGCCCCAAAUUUGGGCUGGUCUCUCCGUAGCUCAGCUUGUGCCUCUUGCCAAAGCAUCACCGGGGUUGACAACUAAGGAACGCCAAAAAACCUACCUCAAGACGACAAGGGCUUAAGCAUUUUACACCUUAAAUAUCGGCUUGAUACGUUUCUCAGAGACAUUAACUGGCGUCCUUGUCCCUCAGGCACAGGCUAGUUGUUGGAGCUUUGUGGGACGGACUUUAGAUGUGCUUUUGGGGAUCAUUUGAAAUGCGCGCUGAUUUUACGUCUCUGCUUUGUUUGAAAUCUCAUCACUGCGGUCAAGGGUUAUCGCUUAUCUUGUCUGGCCUGUUAUGUUCGUCUAGGAAAUGGAAGCGUCCAGGAGCACUUCUGUUUCUGUGUAGCUUCUUACCAAUGGAAUGUCCCUAAACUCCCUGUGCUCCCAGGAGCAGUUCCUUUGGUUUCAGUGACUCCAGGGUAAACAAAUCAAGGUUUCAUUUCUUAUUCCUGAAUGUGGGCUGUUAUCAAAAGAACUGAAAAGCCUGGUCAUGGAAAUUGGGCCUUAUUACUCUGUGAAGAACUUACCACUUCAUGAAUUAAUUACACAUGAGUUCAUCCACACCUUUGUAAAGAAAGGUUCAUUUUCUGCAUUAACAUACAAUACAAGUAUUGAUGAAGAUAAUACUGUUGCCCUCCUACCAAAUGGGAAAUUAAUUUUAUCACUGGAUAAAGAUACUUAUGAAGAAACUGGACUUCAAGGUCGUCCAUCUCGGUAUUCUGGCAGAAAAACGAUGAAGUUUAUUAUUUCCAUUGAUUUAAUGGAUUUAUCCCUUAACCUGGAUUCUAAGAAGUAUGAAAGAAUAUCUUGGUCCUUCAAAGAAAAGAAGCCUUUGAAGUUUGAUUUUCUUUUGGCUUGGCAUCAUACAGGUGCACAAGAAUCAACAGUGAUGUCAUACUUCUCCAAAUACCGAAUUCAGGAGCAUCAGCCCAGAGUGGCCGUGAGCACCGUGAGAGAGCUGCAGUGCCCAGUGCUGCAGAGCAGCUGGAUUGCAGGAGAGCCGGAGGAGGCCUGCAGCGCCCCGGAGCUCUUUGACUGGCUUGGCGCUGUCUUCUGCAAUGCGGAUCUAAAUAACCAACCUUAUAAUUUCAUAUCAACCUACUGCUGUCCCCAGCCAAGCACAGUGAUAGCCCAAGCUUGUCUGUGUACAAUCACAGGUUUCAUACUGCCAGAGAAGAUACACGUCCUUCUGGAACAGCUAUGUCACUACUUUGAUGAACCAAAGUUAGCCCCAUGGGUCACCUUGUCAGUUCAAGGCUUUGCAGACAGCCCUGUCUCGUGGAGAGAGAAUGAACAUGGCUUCCAAAAAGGAGGAGAGCACUUAUACAACUUUGUGGUUUUCAGCAAUCAGGACUAUUGGCUUCAGAUGGCUGUUGGGGCAUUUGAUGACUGUCCACCAUAAGAAAAUUAAAAGUUAAAACUAU